CCGCGCGAUCAGCGCUGCCGCAGCGUCCCCGCGAGCGCCGGCCGCCGACAGCCCGCCCGAGGUCGCCAGGCGGAACGCAGGACGCGAGGCGCGCGCGCUCGGGCACGGGACCCGGGCACCCACGCACGGGAGCCAGCGCCGCGCGGACGGGCGCGCGCCGGUCGGCUCCGCGGCGGCUCUGCUGGAGCGGGAGAGAGUGCCGGGGGGCUUGUCUCCCCCCGCUUGGUGAACGAAAACUCCUCUGAACCUCACCCCCAAAGACGAGGCGCAGGGGAGCGGGUAGUACCUUACUUCGGAAAAGGAGGUUUUCAUUGGAAGGGCUGCCUCCAGAGAUACUAAAACCCCUAGGCAUUUCGAGAGCUACCUUUCGAAGGUUGAGAUCCUACGGAGAAAGAUGGAACAGGGAGCCAGGCAUCGCAACCACGCCGAGAAGAACCAGCCAGGUGCGAGCGAGGCGGAGGCCAGCUCCGACGCCGGCUCCGGGGGAGGCGGCGUAGCCCUGAAGAAGGAGAUCGGAUUGGUCAGUGCUUGUGGCAUCAUUGUAGGAAACAUCAUCGGCUCUGGAAUCUUCGUCUCGCCCAAGGGCGUGCUGGAGAAUGCCGGCUCCGUGGGCUUCGCGCUCAUCGUCUGGAUCGUGACGGGGCUCAUCACGGCGGUGGGAGCCCUGUGUUACGCCGAGCUGGGGGUCACCAUCCCCAAGUCCGGAGGAGACUAUUCCUACGUGAAGGACAUCUUUGGAGGGCUAGCUGGGUUCCUGAGGCUGUGGAUCGCGGUGCUGGUGAUCUACCCCACCAACCAGGCUGUCAUCGCCCUCACCUUCUCCAACUAUGUGCUCCAGCCGCUCUUCCCCACCUGCUUCCCCCCGGAGUCUGGCCUUCGGCUCCUGGCUGCCAUCUGCUUGCUGCUGCUCACAUGGGUCAACUGUUCGAGCGUGCGCUGGGCCACCCGCGUUCAAGACAUUUUCACUGCUGGGAAGCUCCUGGCCCUCGCACUCAUCAUCAUCAUGGGUGUCGUGCAGAUCUGCAAAGGAAAGUACUUCUGGCUGGAGCCAAAGAACGCAUUUGAGAAUUUCCAGGAACCCGACAUUGGCCUCAUCGCACUGGCUUUCCUUCAAGGCUCCUUUGCUUACGGAGGCUGGAACUUUCUUAAUUACGUGACAGAGGAACUUGUUGAUCCCUACAAGAAUCUUCCCAGAGCCAUCUUCAUCUCCAUCCCACUGGUCACGUUUGUGUAUGUCUUUGCCAAUGUCGCUUAUGUCACUGCAAUGUCCCCUCAGGAGCUGCUGGCCUCCAAUGCAGUCGCUGUGACUUUUGGGGAGAAGCUCCUGGGGGUCAUGGCCUGGAUCAUGCCCAUUUCUGUGGCCCUGUCCACCUUCGGAGGCGUCAACGGGUCUCUCUUCACCUCCUCCCGACUGUUCUUUGCCGGGGCCAGAGAGGGCCAUCUCCCUAGUGUGCUGGCCAUGAUCCACGUGAAGCGCUGCACCCCGAUCCCAGCCCUGCUCUUCACGUGUCUGUCCACCCUGCUGAUGCUGGUCACCAGUGACAUGUACACACUCAUCAACUACGUGGGCUUCAUCAACUACCUCUUCUACGGGGUCACGGUGGCUGGACAGAUAGUCCUUCGCUGGAAGAAGCCGGACAUCCCGCGCCCCAUCAAGAUCAGCCUGCUCUUCCCCGUCAUCUACCUGCUGUUCUGGGCCUUCCUGCUGAUAUUCAGCCUGUGGUCGGAGCCCGUGGUGUGUGGCAUCGGCCUGGCCAUCAUGCUGACGGGCGUGCCUGUCUACUUCAUGGGGGUGUACUGGCAGCACAAGCCCCAGUGCUUCAACAAGUUCAUUGAGUGGAUAACCCUGGUGAGCCAGAAGAUGUGUGUGGUGGUGUACCCCCAGAUGGACGGGGGCUCCGACGCCGGGGCCGUGGAGGAGGAACAGCGGCAGCCCAUCAACCACCCCAAGGACAAGUCUGCGGGGGACCAGUCUGAACCCUGAGCACUCCCUCUGCCAGCCCCUCCCUCCCGCAGUCCCUUCCAAUCUGCCUUCCCUGCCUGGGUCCCCCCACACCCCCCAACAGAUGUCCGAGCACCAGCAGGGGCCGGAUCCAGGUGCGGCUGGUGAGAAACGAGAGAGAUGGACAGUUGUACCCAAAGCACCAGCCUAGCCCCCCAGGGUCUGUGUCCAAAGCCCCAGCCCCCACCCCUCCUCUUAUACCACCCGGACUGUUCCGGAACCUGAGCUCCGUCUGCCCAGGGGAGGUGCUGGGGCCUGCUGGGGGUCGGGGGUUGCAGCUCUGUCCCCACAGGCCUGGCUGGGGAGCCUGGACCUGCCCCCUUCCCGAGGGACCUAAGCAAGCGGAGAGGGUGCAGCUCCCUGUCCCCAGACAGCUCCUGUCCAGCCGUCACCUCCCCACUCAGCUAAGGACCAAUGAGCAGGAGGCCUGCCUACCCCCCCCCCCAGCCCUUUGGAGGCGAUUGGGAAAGGCUCCUAUUGCAGAACCCCCCCACCCCCCCGCCAGGGCUCUGCUCCUGCCACAAGGUGGCUUCUCCUUGUCCAGGUCGCCUCUCCGGGCAGUAGGCGUCCUGCUCCUCCCUCCACCCCAGCCCCCGUCAAAGCCACGUCUUGACACACCCCUGACACACCCCCCGCCUGCCCUUCUCCUCUCGGCACCGACUGGGCCACAAGGCUCCCCGCGCCCUUCAGGCCUGAAAGCCAAAUCAGCCUUAACUCUCCUCCCGUCCAAGACCUGGCCUAAAAAUACCCCCUCCUCAGUGCCCACAGCGCCUGGGAGCGCCUCCCAGCAGCAGGGCCCAGGCUCCCAGCGACAGCUGGGUGACAGCUGGUCACCCGCGGUGCAGCCCAGUAGGGACCGCCCCCCCACCCCGCACCCACCACCCACCCCUGCGUGCAAGGGAGCCUUUAAUUAAUCAGAAACCAGACCCUCAGCUGCGACUGGAAUACACAGGCUGGGGGCUCCCCGCCCAGAGUGCCGGGCUGGCCCGCCGAAGCCCGUCCCAUCCUCUGUUCCCUGUUCUCCUUCUUCUCUCCUUCCUCCCAUUACUGUUGUUUUGUAAAGUGGAUGCCUUACUUUUUGGAUAAAUAUUUUUGAAGCUA